AUGUCCUCAUCCGCCCACUUCCCUGACCCCUCGAGCUUCCAACACCAGUCAGACCAGUUCGUCGCUUGGCUUGAAGCAAAUACAGGUGUCAAGGUCAAUCCCAAGAUCUGCCUGGCAGAUCUUAGAUCUACAGGUGCCGGUCGUGGAGUCGUGGCCCGUACCAACAUCCCAGAGGGCGAAGAACUUUUCUCGAUUCCGCGGAAUCUCAUCCUCGCCGUCCAAAACUCGGAAUUGAAGAACCUGCUCGGUCAAGAUGUGGACUCUCUCGGUCCCUGGCUCUCCCUGAUGCUGGUCAUGCUCUACGAAUACUCGCAAGGCGCGAAUUCAAAAUGGGCAGCCUAUUUCCAAGUCUUGCCCACGCGUUUCGAUACUCUGAUGUUCUGGUCGCAGGAAGAGUUGCAUCAGUUGCAGGCUAGUGCUAUCGUGGACAAGAUUGGGAAACAAGGUGCCGACGAGUCAAUCUUGCAGACGAUUUUGCCCAUUGUUCGGGCUCAUCCGGGAUUAUUCCCACCUGUCAAUGGUGUUGCCUCGUAUGAGGGUGAUGCCGGUGCUGCCGCUCUACUUGAGCUGGCUCAUAUUAUGGGCUCGCUGAUCAUGGCGUAUGCGUUUGACAUUGAAAAGUCCGAGACCGAGGAAGACGAUGUCGAUGAGAAUGAUGAGAGCUACAUGACCGAUGACGAGGAUGAGCAGUUGCCCAAGGGUAUGGUCCCACUGGCAGACUUGCUCAAUGCCGAUGCGGACCGGAAUAACGCCCGACUUUUCCAAGAAGAGGAGUGUUUGGUUAUGAAAGCUAUCAAACCAAUUCACGAAGGCGAAGAGAUCUUCAAUGACUAUGGUGAAAUCCCCCGCGCGGAUCUGCUUCGUCGGUACGGUUAUGUCACAGACAACUACUCCCAGUACGAUGUCAUCGAACUACCUCUGCGAGAUAUCUGCCAGGCAGCAGGCCUCUCAAACAGCGAUGUGGAGUCCCAGCCUAGGCUUGAACUCCUCGAGGAAAACGACGUUCUGGACGAUGGCUACGUGAUUCCUCGGCCAGCACCCAACGCUUCUCUGCAGGACAUUAUCCCCGCCGAGCUGGUCAUCCUGCUGACCACCUUGUCCCUGACACCAGAAGAGUUUGAACAGCGCCGUUCCAAGAACAGGCCGCCCAAGCCUGCCAUGGAGAGCAACCAGGCCAGUCUUCUCUUCAAGAUCCUGCAAACCAAGCAAGCACAGUACGGCAGCUCUCUCGGCGAGGACAUGCAACUCCUCACCAGCAUUCUCCCUCCAAACGCCCCCGCCUCAUUGGAUGGAUCCGCCCGUCGCCACAAGAUGGCUCUGCAGGUACGCAUCGGCGAGAAGGAAGUUCUGCAGGCUAUUCUCGCCAUGCUCGAACCCCUCGUCUCCGGCGGAUCCCUCAAGCGCAGCGCCAACGGCGAUGCCGAUACCAGACACUCCAAGGCUGCACGCGUGUGA